AUGUUAUAUUCAAAUACACUAGAAUCUCUGGGUGAGGUCAGCCCAAAGGCUGGAUUCGCCCACAAACUGCCCCCAAGUCCACCAGCCGACGGAUCUCAGCCUCCUUGUAUAAUCGAUGAUAUUCUACAGAACUUGGUGCGGGAUGCGCCAGAUGAGCCCCUGGUUGGCUAUCCAAAGAGUGUGCAUGGUGUUACCGAUUAUGAAUAUUAUACCCCGCGGGACCUGCACAGGUUCGCCAACGGCGCUAUCAGGGCAUUUAAGUUAGCGGGUCUUCCAGAGUUCUCUCAUCCCACUGAGAACCGUGUGGUCUCCAUCCUCGGCCCGUCCAAUCUCGAAUACAUCGUGUCGCUCUUCGCAUUGUCUCGAAUGGGAUACUCUAUUCUGCUACUUUCCACCCGCCUUAGCACUGAGGCAUAUUCCAACCUACUCACUCUGACCAAAUGCAACCACGUUGUAUACGCACCGUCCAACAAAAAGAUGGUCGAAAAAGUGGUGGAGCAUUCAGCUGUGUCCACUUUUUUAGUCCCGGAAUUUGCAGACUACUCGAAAGAGCCAUCGAGUGCACCCUCACAGCCCUGUUGGACACCGCAAGCUUCUCAAAAAUGGGCUUUCAUUGUCCAUUCUUCUGGCUCCACUGGUCUUCCCAAGCCGAUCUUUCAAACCCAUGGGGCUUGUAUCUCCAACUACAGUACGAGCAAGGGCUACCGAGCACUACUCACUCUCCCACUUUUCCACAACCAUGGUCUCUCUACUUUCUUCCGCUCACUCUUCAAAAGAAAGCGGAUUGCAAUUUACAACGCCAACCUUCCGCUGACUGGGAAGAAUGUGUUGGAAACGAUGAAAGUCGCUGCCCCAGAGAGCUUUCACGGCGUGCCGUACGUCUUAAAACUCCUGAGUGAAACAGACGAGGGCGUCAGUGAACUAGCAAAAUGUGAACAAGUACUCUUCGGAGGCAGCAGUUGUCCUGAUGCUCUUGGUGAUCUGCUAGUAAAUGCUGGCGUCCGGCUAAUCAGCCACUACGGAGCCACCGAGCUAGGACAAUUGAUGACAUCCGCACGACCCCCAGAAGACAAAGCUUGGAAUUAUGUUCGACCACUGGAAAAGGUGAAGCCUUUCCUACAAUUCAAGCCUCUUGAAGACGGAUCCUAUGAGUGUAUUGUUCUCGAUGGACUACAAUCCAAAGUCGCUUCCAACUCAGACGACCCUCCAAACUCUUUCCACACCCGCGACACUUUUCUCAGGCACCCCUCUAUCCCCGAUGCUUGGAAAUACUUGGGCCGCAUUGACGAUCGGGUUACUUUAGUCAAUGGAGAGAAAGUUCUUCCUGUGCCGAUCGAACAUCGUAUCCGACAAAACAUUUUCGUCAAGGAUAACCUCGUGUUCGGUGUGUCAAAGCCACUCCCUGGAUUGAUUGUGGUGCCUAGCGUCGAGGCUGAGGGACUAUCAUCCGAUGAAAUCCUGGAUCAAAUCUGGCCUGAUAUUGCGACAGCCAACCGUAAUGCUGAAGCGUUCAGUCAGAUAUCACGCAAUAUGGUCAUUAUUCUGGACCAUUCUUGCUCUUACCCAAUGACCGAUAAGGGAACUAUGAUCCGGAACAAGUGUUAUAUGGAAUUCGACGACCUGAUUCAAGCUGCGUAUGCGCGUCUAGAAAAUGGCGAUGGUAAUGAAGGGCCCCGUCGUGUUUUAGAGUUGCCGGACUUGACAGGAUUUGUGCUGGAUACGUUCCGCAACGAUCUUGGCUUCAGCGAUAUCUCAGCUGACACCGAUCUGUUUGAGGCCGGUGUCGACAGCUUACAGGCAAUCAAGGUUCGUGGUAUUCUUCAGUCACAAAUUGACAUUGGAGGUGCCUCUCUCGCGCACAAUGUUGUCUUUGACUGCGGCACCGUUGAAAAGCUGGCCAAGCAUCUGAAUGCGCUACGCACAGGAGAAGAAUGCGUUACCGAGAACGAGGUGGAAGCGAUGUCACAAAUGGUCUCACAAUAUUCGACCUUUCACAAUCGGCCAUCGAAUGAUCAAGUUGUGAUUCUCACGGGUACUACCGGGUCAUUGGGUGUAUAUAUACUCUCUCAAUUAUUACACAAUCCUUCAGUUAAGAAGAUCUUCUGUCUUGUGCGUGCAACUUCCGAGCACAACGCGCUAGAUCGCGUGCUUUCGAGUCUAUCUUCAAGGUCUCUACCUAUCACGAACGCGUAUAAGAUUGCCGCAUUCCCUGCGUCCCUCGGGAAAGAAGACCUCGGUCUUCCAGCCGCAGUCAUCGAUGAAUUGCAUAAUUCUUUGACUCAUGUAAUUCAUGCAGCUUGGGCUGUCAACUUCACCUUGGGUGUUCGCAGUUUUGAGCAACAACAUAUCAGAGGCGUUCAGAACAUGAUCAACCUUUGUCUCUCCAGUCGCCGGUCUUCUCCCGCUGAGUUUUACUUCUGUUCUUCCAUCUCUGCAGCUGCUGCUACACCUCUCCCAGCCAUCAUCGCUGAAGGCCCGAUCCCUGAACUUGCACAUGCCCAGCAUAUGGGUUACGCUCGGUCUAAACUUGUGGCGGAGCGGAUUGUUCAUGCAGCCGCCCGUACUACUGGAAUGGUAGCCAAGGUUCUCAGAAUUGGACAAAUUGUUGGAGACACCGCUACUGGGUAUUGGAACCCAACUGAGGCAAUUCCACUCAUGCUCCAGACCGCAAAAGCAUUGGGAGCAUUGCCGGCGUUAGAUGAGACUCCGGCAUGGCUUCCCGUUGAUGUAGUUGCGAGAUCCAUCUUAGAACUAAGUGGGAUCGUCCCCAACGACAAAGCCAAGGUUCUUGCUCACGACCCCAGCGUAGUAUAUCAUGUGCAGAAUUCCAAAACUUUCCGGUGGACGGAGGAUCUCUUGCCCGCUCUCCAGCAGGCAGGCUUGAAGUUUGAUGUCCUUCCCAAGAGAGAAUGGGUGCAACGUCUACGUGAAUCAGAGCAGGAUCCGCAGAAAAACCCAACGAUCAAAUUACUGGGCUUCUUCGCCGAAAAAUACGAUAACGACGCCCCUGGUCGUUCGGGACUCGCAUUUGCCAUGGAGAAGACGGAAAGCGCGAGCCCUUCUCUUAAAGGUGGUGUGGAAUUGAUUGAUACUGGCUUAAUCAAGAGGUUUGUGGCUGCCUGGACACCGCGGUGGUGA